AUGGUGUUUGAAUUGCUCCAAAGAUAUAAACUAAGGAUGAAUCCAUUGAAAUGUGCCUUCAGAGUUACUUCUGGCAAGUUCCUUGGCUUUAUUGUGAGACAUCGAGGAAUUGAAAUUGAUCAAGCCAAAGUUGAUGCAAUAUCGAAGAUGCCUGAUCCUCAAAAUAUUCAUGAGUUAAAAAGUUUCCAAGGAAAGCUAGCCUACUUGAGGAGGUUCAUCUCAAAUCUAGCGGGAAGAUGCCAACCAUUCGGUCAUCUCAUGAAGAAAGGUGCUCCUUUUAAUUGGGACCAAACAUGUAGCGAUGCCUUUAAAAGUAUCAAAUCGUAUCUAGCGAAACCUCCAAUUUUGGCAGCCCUUAUACCUGGAAAGCCAUUGAUACUCUACAUUGCGACACAGGAAACCCUAUUAGCUCAAGAGAAUAGUGAAGAUGCGAUGUCUAUUGAAAUUCAACCUCCUUGGAAAAUGUACUUUGAUGGGGCUGCACAUUGUGGUGAAGCUGGCGCUGGUGUAGUGUUCAUCACUUCACAAGAAGAGAUUCUACCAUUCUCCUUUACUUUUAAGCAAUGUUGCUCCAAUAAUGUCGCUGAAUACCAAGCGUUGAUACUUGGACUUGAGAUGGCUGUCCACAUGAAACAAUUAAACUUACAAGUCUUUGGUGACUCUCAGUUGGUGAUCAACCAACUCUUGGGAAGUUAUGAGGUGAAGAAGCCCGAAUUGCAUCCUUAUGAUGAUUAUGCUCAAAAGUUGAUAGUAUGGCUUAGAGAUGUAACCCUCCAACAUGUGUGUAGAACGGAAAAUAAGAAAGCUGAUGCAUUGGCUUCCCUAGCUUCAACGCUAACCCUUCUUGAUCAAACGCAAGUGACUAUUUGUAAAAAAUGGAUAGUACCACUGUCAAAUGAGAAAGAAUAUACAGAAAAUGAGCUUGAGCAUCUCUUCACCGUUUCUGAAGCCACAAAGGAUGAUUGGAGAAAACCCAUUAUUGACUACAUGUGUUAUGGGAUACUUCCAGAAAAUCCAAGGAGAAGGACUGACAUUCGUUGUCGUGCACCUCACUUCCUUUACUACAAGGACACAUUAUAUAGAAGAUCAUUUGAGGGUGUACUAUUACGAUGUUUGGGAGAGGAAGAAGCAAUUCAAGCUCUGCAAGAACCACACUCAGGAGUAUGUGGAUCACAUCAAUCUGGACCGAAACUCCACUUUCACAUAAAGAGGAUGGGGUAUUAUUGGCCAACCAUGGUGAAUGAUUGCUUAGAUUAUGCUCGGAGGUGCGAUGCUUGUCAAUUUCAUGCAAAUUUCAUACAUCAGUCGCCCGAAGUAUUGCACCCAACUAUCGUAUCUUGGCCAUUUGAUGCUUCGGGAUUGGAUGUUGUGGGACCACUACCAAAAUAUUCUGGUGGACACUUGUACAUCUUGGCUGCGACAGAUUACUUCUUAAAAUGGGUUGAAGCUGUCGCUCUUAAAGAAGUGAAGAAAGAGAAUGUUGCAAAUUUUAUCCGACGAAAAUCUUCUAUGUAUCAUGCUGCCGCCAAUGGUCUUGCUGAAGCAUUCAAUAAGACUCUAUGCAACCUGCUCAAGAAAGUUGUCUCCAAGUCCAAACGGGAUUGGCAUGAAAGAAUGGAAGAAGCUUUGUGGGCAUAUAGGACAACAAACCGCACACCAACUCAAGCAACACCAUAUUCACUUGCUUUUGAAGUUGAAGCAGUCCUGCCACUCGAGCAUUAA